UAACGGAAAGCACGCCGUGUUUGACGAGUCCUUGUGUUAAGUUUAAAUUUUCCGGUGAUUCAGUGUAACGUUUUGUGUCCAGUGUAAUCUUGUUUAAUUUUCUUAAACAAUUUUUUCUUCUUGUUUGGGUGCUACAGGCUAAAGUAGUAAUUUGAUGUGUUUUGUGUCCAGUGUAAUCUUGUUUAAUUUUCUUAAACAAAUUUUUCUUCUUGUUUAGCUACUACAAGCGAAAAGUAGUAAUUUGAUAUGUAUUUUUUUGUCUAUGAGGCCGUGGGUGCUUGUAUUAAAACAUAUUAAGUACAGCCUGCUAGGUCAUGAUGGCUGGACUGAAGAAAAAAAAAACCUCUCAUCCAUUAGCAAACAACGGUUGCGUGUCGAUCGAGAGUUUUCUGGAUUGCGUGACACACAGUUCGAAACGUUGUAUAUAUGAAGGGAAUAAAUUUUCUGCGCCUAUAUAUAACGUGCACAGUUCACAUGGAUCAUCUUGCUGAUUGCCCCACUAGAAUGGUCUUUCGUAUACCUCUCGGUGCAAUCUAUAGUUUCACUGUAGUGUAACGAAAACGCGAUACUGAUAUUCCCGCUGCAGCAUUCCCGCUUGCUUCGUGGCUUGGCCGUGUUUUGCCUUAAUUAAAAAGGAAUCGCGUGACUUUCUAUUGUACAAGCUUUUAAAUGUUUAAUCCAUUAGUGAUCAGAAGCUACAAAAAAAAUAGAGUAUAUAUUCAUAAGGUCAAGUAAUGCAUAUGUGAAUAAGUUAAGUUAGAAACUUAUUUUAACUUAUGUAUUAGCAAGCAAAAGAACACCUUUCAGUUACUAAAUUCCACGAGAACAAAGAAUGAUUGAACACAAAACACACAGGCAAAUUAAGCUUAUCAUCGUUGCACAUAUGUGAUUUUGUUUAAAGCAACAUCCAUCGGGUCGAUUGCAAAAUAAUUGUGAGUAAGGGAAUGAAAAUGAGCCAGCUUGGAACUGUCUAUGCCACCAAAAGGCGACGUCGAAAUGGAAAAAGCAUAAAAACAACACCCAAAGAAGGUAUCACCAAAAGCAAUCCUUCCAAGAGACACCGAGAACGUCUUAAUGCCGAAUUAGAUCUUUUGGCCUCUUUGCUACCGUUUGAACAAAACAUACUGAGUAAAUUGGACCGUUUGAGCAUCCUACGACUGUCUGUUAGCUAUCUCAGAAUAAAGAGUUAUUUUCAAGUCGUGAUGCACAAAGAAAAAAAUGAAAAUGGAAUGAUGUCAAAUGCCGUUUCAGAUGAAAACUACCGUACCCGCGAUUUUACGUCUUAUGAUCACAGCUUCGUUUUAGAUAGCGAAAUGUUUCUACAGGCACUAAAUGGAUUUAUAAUGAUACUUACAUGUGACGGAGAGGUAUUUUUUGCUACCCAUACUAUCGAGAGCUACUUAGGAUUUCAUCAGUCUGAUAUUAUUCAUCAAUCGGUUUACGAACUAGUUCACUCUGAAGAUCGCGAAGAGCUUCAGAAGCAAUUAUUGUGGAACUCCUUCUUACCGGCAGAUCUUUCUGGAAUUCAACUUACAGAAGCCCUUGUCCCCGAAAAGGAUAAAUUGUUGGAACGCAGCUUUACCGUGCGAUUCCGAUGUUUGCUGGACAACACAUCCGGCUUCCUGCGUUUGGAUAUUCGCGGCAGAGUUAAAAUUCUGCAUGGACAAAAUAAAAAAAAUGAGGAACCCCCUCUGGCAUUAUUUGCAUUUUGCACUCCUUUUGGCCCACCCAGCUUGUUGGAAAUUCCACCGAAAGAGAAUAUGUUCAAGUCAAAGCAUAAGCUAGACUUUUCACUAGUUUCUAUGGAUCAUAAAGGAAAGAAUACACUUGGAUACUCAGACUCAGAACUAGCUAAUAUGGGAGGAUAUGAUCUUGUACAUUACGACGACUUGGCAUAUGUAGCCAGUGCACACCAGGAACUGCUUAAGACAGGUGCCUCGGGUAUGAUAGCUUACCGCUACCAGAAAAAGGAUGGUGCAUGGCAGUGGCUACAAACCAGCUCCAGAUUAGUGUAUAAAAACUCGAAACCAGAUUUCGUAAUUUGUACACAUCGGCAGUUGAUGGAAGAAGAAGGCCGAGAUCUACUUGGAAAACGUACGAUGGACUUUAAAGUUAGCUAUUUGGAUGCCGGCAUUUCAUCAACCUAUUUUGAUUCGGAUCAGCUUAUCAUCAGUCCAAACAAUCUCAACUCACCCAGCUCUCCCACAACAUCUCAACAACGUGCUAAUCGACGGUAUAAAACACAACUACGUGAUUUUCUUUCGACAUGUCGUCAUAAGCGGAAAAUUAAUAAUCAAAGCACAGUUGAACAGGUAUCGCCUACUGUUUCGGUGGUUGACUACAUAUCUGGUGGUCCACCAGGAACUGCUGCAGCGGCAGCAGCUGUGGCAGCGGCUGCGUAUACAAACACUAUAAAUAGUGUUUACCCUCCAUCGACCCAUUUUCCAGGCUCAGGACCGGAUAACGUUUAUAUGACGGCGCCAGUGCAUUCCCCGAACUUUUAUCCGAUGCCUGAUAAUCUAUUCCAUCAGUAUCGGCUGCAAGGUGUAAGUGGCUACUAUCCCGAGUAUCAUACCAGUACUACUGCAUCCACGUUUGUAUCUACUAACGGGCUUAUUCCGUACGACAGUUAUGGAAUCACUAAAGAGGACACCAUGCGGUGGCAUGAAGGCGGCAAAAGCUACGGUGCUUGCAGUGACUCAAACCAAUCGCACUCAGGCUCCGGUUUGGUGGCUGAAUCAAACUCACAAGAAUUGUCAAGUCUAUCCGUAGAGCCGUACCUUGUGUCUGACAUAGAGACUGCAUCUACAAACGAUACGAUCCCUUCUCAAACUUUAAAACCAUCUUGCCAAGCGCACCUCAGCAAGAAUGCAUCUCCAGUACAUUCUUUAGAGGAGCUGGUCGAUCCGUGUUGUUCCACUGACAGCACGACAGCAUCAGCCGUCAGCACUGCUGCUCUGAGCGGAACCAAAGAUUCUAUAGAACGGCGCAAACAACAAGUGCAGCAAUAUCAAAAUCACGAGCAGCAUAGUCUUCAAUCUAACCACCAAUCUAAUCACCAGCGGUUAGUGCAUCAUCGUCAUCCAAUGCCUCAAUUGCCCAGAACUGAGCAACAUAGUCAGCAGCCACAACUGGUCAACAAAAAUGGUGGCCAUAACUGCAAAUCCGAUGAACAUAAGAUAACUACCACAUCACCUAGGUCCUUAUCUCCAAUUCAAUGUGAACCACCGCGACAGACUGUUCUCAUGUGGGGUACGUCCUAUAUUAACAGCAGGGAAGGGUCUAGUACAAACAUCAGCAGCUGCAAUAGUAUUUGUGACAAUGAUCUCCCUCGUAACAAUUCCGAUGGUCCAACAUCGUACGAAUAUUUAACAGUGAAUAACUUCCACGGCUGUUCAAUCAAUAAUACAAGCAAUUGCACAGUAAUCGCUAGUUCUGGCGAACAUAACAGUACUAACAUGGCGAAUCGAAAACCAGAUGCCGAUGCUACUGAAAGAGAAAUGAUAGAAAAAGAAGAUGAUAGUAAAAGCCGAACGAUUACAAAAUCAUCGGAUUUAGCUCACAUCUCACUUGUGUCGUGCAAAAAAGAAACUCCUCAACCUUCCACUACCAAUAACGACUGAUCUGGAUACAUCCAAUCAUAUUCGGAUUGCUAACUAAGCACUAGUGAAAACAAGAAUCAUGUACCUAAUUUGGACCUCUUUGUUGAAUUACAAUUUUCAUCUAUCUUUUAUUCAUUGCAGUCAUUAGGUCAUUUAUUAAAAAGGGCCUCUGAGUUUCAUGUUUGCAUAAGCCAAUUUAAGCAAAAUUAUUUAUUUAAUCGAGCGAUCGAUAUCAAUGGCAUACCGUAAUUCCUGACUUUUCCGCAACAAUUCCAUUUUUUCUAACUCUUUGAUGUGCAAAUCGGCUAUUUUAAAUUAUCCUGCCUCAGCCCAUGACUACAGCUCUCAUGUUAACGUAUGCGUGUGCGUUUUCGCACAAUGCUGGCUACAGUUUUUUGGCAAAAAUCUUUUCCCUUGUUUCUCUUUCGAUUUCUGUCACAUUUCCAUCUCUUCUUCUUUUUCUAUCACAGCGAUUACCUCUUCAAGUAAUUCGUUCCUUGAAAAACUGAAAAACUAACGCGGUCCUAUUAUAAUUUCCAAUUAGCUUACAAUAUGCUUCGUAACAAGCAAUCUAAUCUAAUGACACAGUCUAUUUAUUUUAUCGGUAAAAAGUCAUUUUAUUACGUAAGCUUAGAACCAAUAGUUGCUACAUCGUAUCGCUUAACUGUUUUUCACAUCCUAAUUACUUACUAGUCUCGGUUCUAUAAGGAAUUUGUAUACUUUAACUUCACACUAAUUUUAAAUCCAUUUGAUACUGACUCUGUGGAAUUUUAGCACAUUAGCAACUUAUGGCUGCUUUCAAUUUUUCUUUCAGGUACUUCACGAACCAAAAUAAACAGUACUCUUGGCAUACACUUUAGAUGUUCCAAACGAGUGAUGGCAAAUUGCCUUGCUAAUAACUGUAUUUUUUAAGCUUUUGUUCUUUCCAAUAUAGAAAUGGCAAAAUAUAAUACUAUUACGGUAAAACUAAAAAAUAAAUACUUUUCCCAAAAAGUAGCCCCCUUCCUCAAAUACGAGUGGUAAAUGAGGUAAAAAUAAGCGAGUUAGGGGGUCUAAUUUUUAUUUUCACUUGAUAGUUUGACCACACAUUAGAAUGGCAAGUACAGUCAAAUGUCAUAGCAUAAAAGCUUAUCAAGCGUCUAUUUACUUUCGGAUCAACAGCAGCCACAAACAAUGGAAGGAUUAGGAUACCCUGGAUGCAAUUUGCAACCACGCAUCCGUAGAAUCGCAUUCACUGUCUUCUUUCGAAUUAUUAUAAUGUCUGGGUCGCCAAUUUUUUGAGUAGUAAUUUACAUUGCUUCCACAACUAAGAAUCCUCAAAUAGGUUCGAAAAUCAUGUCUGUACAUCGUAUCUGUUCAAAUACAUACUAGUACGGUUGGAUCUGCCGAAUAAACAUCUACAAAGCUUGACAGUGUGUAGUUCCAGUCUACUUGACUUACGUCUCUACCUGUAUAAUAGAUAGUUACUUACAGUAAUAUUACUAUGGAAAAGAUUGAAAAUAAAACGGA